AUGGAAAGGAGGCCAUGGUGUGCGAAAGGUGUAAUCAGAGGAGCAUGGUCUGCAUGGGAAGAUAAGAUCCUUAAAAACUACAUUAAAAUCCAUGGCGAAGGGAAAUGGACAGACCUGCCUCAAAGAGCUGGGCUGCGGCGAUGUGGGAAGAGUUGCCGGCUUCGUUGGUUGAAUUAUCUAAGGCCAGGUAUCAAGAGAGGCAACUUUUCUGAGGAUGAAGAAGAUCUCAUUAUCAAACUACAUAAGCUUCUUGGUAACAGUUGGUCACUCAUUGCUCGGAGAUUACCAGGACGAACUGACAAUGAGAUAAAGAAUUACUGGAACACCAUUUUAAGCAAGAGGGUGCAAAGUGACAAGAUUCAUGAACAAAGUAGUAGAAUAUUAAAAUCCAUCGGAAGGAUAGGAAAGUUGACAUCAGACUCCAAUCCAGGAAUAAAACCGGUUGCUCACCCUGUGAUUCGACCAAAAGCAGUGCGGUGCACAAAGGUUAUCCUCCCAUGGCAACCAGAUAAUAAUCAAAUUUUCAAUGAAAAUAUAGUUCCUUAUGGGAAUAGUGAAAACCUAUUUCCUUUAGUUCAGCCAGAGAUUAAUAUCUCUGACUUCCUGAUAGAUUCGGAUACAAAUUACCUUUUGAGACCGAAUGUGCAAGAUUCAAAUUGCCACCAAACCAAUGAAAUCAAUGUACCUGACAUUGUGUUGGAUUUGCCAGUUUCUGGAUGCGAUGCCAAGCUUAAAGAUGUAAUGGAUGAAGGGAAGCCUGAGAAUUGGAGGGCUACUAAUCCUUUUCUGCCAAAUGAAGCUAUGGAUCUUAACACAUUGUCAUCUUUUCUGGAUUUAGAAGAUACAUGGAUUAACUCAAAGUAA